AAAUUUGAAAAUGAUAAUGGCUUAGAAAACUAUAUAGCUAAAAUUGAAAAAGUUGAAUUAGAAAAAACUUUUAAUUCAAAUAUUAAUACUGAUGUGCAAAUAUUUGAAAUUAAAAAACCUAAUACUAAAAGCUCAGAUCAUUAUACUUCUGAUGUCUGA